AUUUUGGAAUAAAUUUACACCUAUCCUUUUCUCACAAUCCAUAUGUUUUGAAAAAAAUCUACCUCGAUGUAUAAACUUAAACCUUCUCAAAAAGACAAGGUAAAGCAAUUCAUAUCAUUUACACAAACCAAUGAAAAAAUAGCUCUUGCCACUUUGUUGCAAAAUGAUUGGAAAUUGGAAAUAGCUAUCGAUAGCUUCUUUCAAAAUCCACUACAAUAUCAACCAAAAGAUUACAAAAAUACAACAGACAAGAAGAAAAUUGAACAAUUGUUUAUUAAAUAUAAAGAUAAUCAUGAAAAUAAAAUUGGUCCAGAUGGGGUGGUCAAAUUGUUGGAUGACUUACGAUUAACUCCUGAUAAUGUUUUAGUUCUCAUAAUGGCUUGGAAAUUUCAAGCUGCAACUCAAUGUGAAUUUUCCAAAGAAGAGUUCACCCAUGGGAUGUUUAAUAUAGGUUGUGAUGCCCUUGAAAAAUUAAAAUCCAAGCUCUUUACAAUUGAAAUAGAUCUUUAUAAAGAUAUCUGUGAUUUUAGAGACUUUUAUCAAUUUACCUUUAAUUAUGCCAAAAGUCCUGGACAAAGGAGCCUAGAUUUAGAUAUGGGCAUUGCAUAUUGGAAUAUGGUUCUGGUAAAAAGAUUCAAAUUUUUAGAUCUAUGGUGUCAAUUUUUAUUAGAACAUCAUAAGAAAUCGAUAUCCCGAGACACCUGGAAUCUCUUGUUAGAUUUUUCUCAGUCAAUAUCAGAUGAUAUGAGUAAUUACGACCAGGAAGGAGCAUGGCCCGUGCUAAUAGAUGAAUUCGUUGACUAUGCUAAACCGUUAAUCGACGAUUUCAAAAAAAACCCUAAUAAUAAACACAUUAAACUAACAUCGCCAUGAUUUUUUAAAAAUAAAUUCGUUUCCAAAACAAGGAAGAAAUAAUACAUAUUUUAUAUAAUGCCUACCGCAUCUCAGAUGCCAUUAUAUAUACUUUUUAGAAAUUACUUGUAUACUAUUAUACCAUAUUGUAAGUGUACUAUAUCUCUCUUAGCGUAUCAUUUUAAAAUUAUGAUUGAGAAAUAAAAUAUCGGAGUUAAAUAUUUUAGUUUGGAACUAUAUUUU